ACAUCACUACCACAUCUUCACACAGCAUCACUCUCUCUGACCUGCAAUGUGGUACUCAGUACUCUGUCACUGUCUGUACUGUGCUGGAAAAUGGAAGACAAAGUCAACUGGUGUCAACAACCCUCACUACAAGACCUUUUCUCAGGGAGCUGUUGUCAAAGACUGGACUAGAAGAUCAUUAUGAAAACAAGCUGAUGUUAAGUACCGUCCUUGAGAUAAAUGCUGAUACUACUUCAGAUGAAUCUCUUACCACUAUGCAGUCACUUCCAGGGGCCUUCCUUAAGAGAUUAAUGAUGACAAAUGUGAAUGCUAGGAGUGUGACACUAAAAAGUGACACUGAUGAAAGUGACUCUGAUAACAGUUAUGCGAUUAAUCCACUGGACCUGAUAACUGCCCUGUUUCUGUGUUCAGAUGGUUUCCUGCAGCAGGAGAUGGUCCAGAAAAUGUCCAUGUGUCAGUUUGCUGUUCCUCUGCUGCUGCCCAACUGUGACACAGAACAAAGCACKUUGAUGCUGUGGGCCUUGAGGGACAUAGUGAGGAAGUUUAGACYCUCUUCACAAGUAGACACMAAGUCCUUCAUAGAGGAGAGAAUUGUACUCUCUGAWAUYCCUAUGGUGUCCUUUGUUAGGCUAGGAGACAGCGACUUGUCCAAGUCUAAUAUGUUGAACAAACUGCUAAGUAAUCCUGACACAUUUGUCCAUCGUGAUAUGGACUGUGGUGAUGUACCUCGGAAGAUUUCAGAUGGUCURGUUGAAAUCAGCUGGUACCUCCCAUGUGGGAAAAGAAACAUAGACAGGUUCACCAAGCCUGUGGCUUUUGCCAAUCUCAGAGGAGACAUCAGGUCCUUUAAGACACAGUUUUCCUUUCUGUGUCAAACAUCAGCAGCAAUUUACAUGUUUAGUGAUGAAUUGGAGGCGGAUUCUGAGGUUUUGAAAGACAUGAAAACAGAAUUAUUCCUGGUUGUGAACUCUCAGAGAAAAACAUUCACAGGAGACAAAGUAACACAUGUAAUUGAAAAGAAGAGGCAGAAUGAAGCAGCAUUUGUAAAAACCCUGCAGUCAUCUGUGGGUGUUGUAAUUGAAAAUUGCCAAAACAAAUUUACAAUUGAAAAAAUGUCUGGUAUUGCUCGUCAGAUGGGGAUUCUGGUUGAUGAAGACCGUAAUGAGUGUCAGAGUGCCAGGAAGAUGGCAGACAAAAUCAUCAGCAGCAUCACAGACACAGUGAAACUCAAAGACACAGUGAAAUUCAAAGACACAGUGAAAUUCAAAGACACAGUGAAAUUCAAAGACACAGUGAAAUUCAAAGACACAGUGAAAUUCAAAGACACAGUGAAACUCAAAGACACAGUGAAACUCAAAGACACAGUGAAAUUCAAAGACAAGCAGCUACCCUUACAAGGGAAAAUCUGGAAAGAGAUUUCCCAGUUGGAGAAAGAGAUAUGUAGACUGAGAAAAGCAGGGGAUCAAGAAAUUGAACACUACAAGAGCUCUCUGAGGAUAAAGGAGAAAGAGCUGAGAGAGGAGCAACAAAAAUUGGAUAUGACAGAGGCAAUGACAAAUUUCCUAAUUGGCAUGUCAAGUUCAGAAGUGGAGCGAUCCUAUUUCAUCAAAUGGAUGCGAAUAUAUUUGGACAAUCUGUCACGGCAGAAUCUGUCUGGUUUGCGAGAAAAGUAUAAAAUGCUUCAGGAAAAAGAUUCUGCAGAUGAAAAAGACAUUGCAGAUUUGGAAAGGCAGAAAAAAGACAUUGCAGAUUUGGAUAGGCAAAUAUCUGAUUGUUCCCUGGGACUUGAACACUUCCUGCGUGAGUUAGGGCAGUUAUAUGAAGCUUCCUGCUCCCUCCCUGAAGACAGUCCUCAAAGGAAACAGAUGGAGCAUCUCCCUGGAUUGUGUGCUGAGAUGCUGUUGGAUGGUUUCCCCAUUGAGCUUGUGGAUGGAGCUGCAUCAAAUAUCCCCCUGAAAUGGAUUUCAGCUGUUCUGACUCAGCUUCAUACUCUUGUGGACUCUAACAGCAAGAUCCGGGUUGUUACAGUUUUAGGGGUCCAAAGCACUGGGAAGUCCACUCUCCUCAACACCAUGUUUGGGGUCCAGUUUGCUGUCAGCAGUGGAAGAUGCACCAGAGGUGCCUUCAUGCUACUGAUUAAAGUCAACAAAGAACUCGAGGAGCUGAAAUGUGACUUCAUCAUGAUCAUUGACACAGAGGGGUUGAAAUCACCAGAGUUGGCUCAACUAGAUGACAGCUAUGAACAUGACAAUGAACUGGCAACACUGGUGAUAGGACUCAGUGAUGUCACUAUCAUCAACAUCGCCAUGGAGAACUCCACAGAGAUGAAAGACAUUCUGCAGAUUGUUGUUCAUGCUUUUAUCAGGAUGAAGGWAGUGGGGAAGAAGCCGAUAUGUCAUUUUGUGCACCAGAAUGUGUCAGACAUGUCUGCUCAUGACAACAAUAUGAGGGACAGAAAGAAGUUGUUGGAACAGUUGAAUGAAAUGACCCAGGCAGCAGCCAGAAUGGAGAAGAAGGAGAAUAUCACCAAGUUCACUGAUGUGAUGGAGUAUGAUCCAGACACAAGCAGCUGCUACAUCCCAGGACUCUGGCAUGGGACUCCCCCGAUGGCUCCAGUCAAUGCAGGCUACAGUGAGGCUGUAUAUGACUUCAAAAAGAGCUUGAUGCAAGAUUUAAGAAACUGUCAGAGAAAUGAUGAUUUGACACAUUUCAUGAAGUGGACAGAAAGCUUGUGGGAGUCUGUUAAAUUAGAGAACUUCAUCUUUAAUUUCAGAAACAGCUUGGUUGCAGAUGCAUACUCCAGAUUAUGCACUGAGUACAAUAGUUGGGAAUGGGCCUUGCAGAAAGAGAUGUAUAAAUGGAUGGUGGGUGCUGAAACAAAAAUUUCUAAUUUUGGCAUGACAGUUCUUAAUCCCCAGAUCACCAUCAGAGAAAUGCUUAAUGACCUGAUGAGGGAAGCAUCGGAUAAGCUGUCAGUGGGGGAAAAGGAAAUCCAAAACAAUCUAAUUACAUACUUUAAAAAGCAAGAUGGCCAUGUCAAUUUGGUGGAAAAAUACAGGGAAGGCUUUGUUGCCAGUGCUAAAACACUGAGACGAGAGACACAAAACACAGUGAGUAACGUUCUACAUGGAGCUGUUGAGAUCAAAGAGGGAAUGGCCCAACUGGAUGACAUCAAGAGUUCACAGGCAAAUACAAUGGAGAAUAAGGUACUUGCUUUGCUGCAAACCUGUAGACAGAACAAAUCUGAUUUAUCAGAUGAGGCCCUCAGAAAAGAGUUUGAAAGAAUGUGGAAGGAAACUCUGUCUGAGAUCAAAUUCAGAGGACUCACAAAAAGAAAUGUUGCUGAUGAUGCCUUCAACAUUUUACGUGACCAUUUAUCUACAAGGCCGGCUCAUGUCAAAAGUAUGUUGGAUGAAAACAAGUUGGUUGAUUGUGGGAAGACAGCCCUUAUUGUGGAAUCAGGGAGGUGGCAGCAGUUUAUAGGCUUUUUAAAAUUCUGGGAUCUAGACCAAAAGAAGAAAAUGCAACAGUUGUGUGACAACAUAAUAAUGAAGUGUCAGUUGUUUAUAACACAGAAGGUGAAAAGCAAAACAGAUUACCAUGAUACUUACAUCAAAGAGCUGCUUAGAAUAAUUGAUGAAACAUGGCAACAAAACAACAAAUUUAAAGUAAGUGAGGAAUGUAAGGUGGAUCUAAAGCUGCACAUCUGUGGCAUAGCAACCAGAGAGUUUCAGAAGAAGCAUGAUGAUUUCAUUGCAGUCAACGACCCACGACUAUGUCUGGAACAGUCUAAGAACAAGUACCUUACUGACUUCAUAGACUUGUUUCAUAACCGAGAUCAGUGCCUAAAGAAAGCUGAGGAGUUCACAAAGCUCUUACAGCCAGCUGUACAGGAUUAUGUGACAAAAAUGAUUGGUCCUGAUGUGGUUGAUGAAGUGAAGACAGGUGAAGGGUCAAAGGAUUACAGCACAAGAGGGGCUUUCCAGUUCUCCGUUUUGGAACAGCUCCUGAUGGAUGGGAAAUAUGACGGGAACUACAGAGAGUACAUAAACCAUUAUGAAAGGUUUGUGAAGGACUGGCUGUUUGACCAAAUUUCCAAUCAACUCUCUAAGGACCGCAGUCUAGAGAAAUUGGAGAACAAACAUCUUUCAGAGAUAGUCAAGAUAAUCACUGAUACAAUUUCUAACAUCAGAAAAUCACAUAGCCCUAUAAAAAAUAUCAAGACUUUUAUUCAUAACAUCUGCCUGGCCCUUGGAGAGAAGCUUGUCUUUCCAAAGGAUGCUCUGGAUUCCAUCAUGAUUCUGAACAAUGCAAACACAGAACAGUUUGCUGACUACCUCACAGAGUUUGUGGGGGAAAUGGAGCAGUCACUGGCACCUAAGUAUGACAAGGAUGGAGACAUCGAAGAGAGACUAAGAUCUCUGCCAUUCAAGCCUCAGGACAAGAUGUUCACCAGUCUGUUUGGCUGUGGGGAGGUAUGUCCUUUCUGCAAAGCACCAUGUGAAGCAGGAGGUAAGGAGCAUACCAAACACUUCACCUCUAUUCACCGUCCACAAGGAGUCAGUGGUUCGAUAAAUUUAAAUACAGGUGUUUUAAGAACUGACAUAUGUUCAUCCUCUGUGAUUAGUGACAGAAAAUUCAACACAAACCUGACUGAAGGCAAAUUUCACCCCUACAAGGAGUACCAGACAUAUUACCCUGACUGGAUGAUAACUGGAGAUUCCAGCAUUGAGGCUUCAGACUACUGGAAGUACGUGAUGGCCAAAUUCAAUAAGAGAAUCGCUACAGAGAUAAAUGCACACCCUGCUGAUAUCCCAGAGGACUGGAAGGCAUUAACACCUGAUGAUGCAAUGAAGAGCUUGAAAAACGCAUUCAACGUGAAAUAAAGUGGAAAAAGAUAGCAUGAUUCUUCUUGACCUAUACAAAGAAUUGGCCAAUCAAAGAUUUCAGACAUUUCAACCAGAAAUAACUUACCAAGCAUGAAUGUGACAACACAGCAACACAAAGCCAAGAUACAGUCAAUUCAAUCAAGAACUAUUGUAAUAUAUAGCGAAUCUUGAAAUUCCAAUUUAAUUUGUGAUUUAAAAAACAACAAAAUGGGGCCCUCGCCACUCGUUUUGAUAGUCAGCUGAAGGAUGGGGCUAUGGAAAUAAAACAUUAAUUUUGGGGUUAUGAUUAAGACAGACAGUUCAGGUCAUGAGGCAUUUAUGGUCCGGGCGUAGGGACUCCGGCAGGUCCUGGCUGAGGGACUCCGGCAGGUCCUGUCUUGAGGA